CUGCCACAGAAAUCCUUGAGCUGAUCCAUAUCAAUACCCUGAGCACAAAGUUUGAUUCUAAAGUAACCUAUGAAUAGUUCAGACAAUUUCACAGUUCUACAGCCCUGACUCCAGUUAGCCGUCACAGCCCGGAUUAUAAACUGACAUCACAGUCCAGAUCAUAAAUCAAUUUUAAAGGCAAUAAUAAAAAUAUUCUUAUUCAUAUAAGGCACCUAACAAGGCAGUGUAAAAAAUACUAUAAUCAAGUAUGGAAUGAAUCCAUUUUACUAUAUAAGACUAAAGACUUACAAAAAUACUGAAAUGUGGCGAGGAUUCUUAACAUUCUUCUUUCUGUGCUCAAUAGAGGUCUCUGAAUCUGAGAUAUCCUCCACACAUGUGCCUUCAAUGCCCAAUCGUACCUUGACAACACAGGAUGGUCACUUAACCUGGGUACCAACAAGCAACGGAAGUGUGAUAAUGUUGGCCAAAAAUGUUCAAACAGAUACUACCAAGUCCGUUACUUUCUUGCCACUAAUCACCUUCAACAAUAGCCACACAAGAUAUAAAGUGACAAAGAACUAUUAUAGUACAAUGGUAAAUAUCAAAACACAAAGUAGAGGACACAACUUUGAUGAUGUGACAUUAAGCUCAAAUGGUGUGCCAACAAGAAAUGGAAAUACAACAAUGAAUACGGUGACACAAAGUACAACACAUAAUACUAGUGAUCUAACACGAAGCUCAAAUGCUGUGCCAACAAGAAAUGGAAAUACAACAAUGAAUACGGUGACACAAAGUACAACACAUAAUACUAGUGAUCUAACAUUUAGCUCAAAUGCUGUGCCAACAAGAAAUGGAAAUACAACAAUGAAUACGGUGACACAAAGUACAACACAUAAUACUAGUGAUCUAACACAAAGCUCAAAUGGUGUGACAUCAAGAAAUAGAAAUACAACAAUGAAUACGGUGACACAAAGUACAACACAUAAUACUAGUGAUCUAACAUUUAGCUCAAAUGCUGUGCCAACAAGAAAUGGAAAUACAACAAUGAAUACGGUGACACAAAGUACAACACAUAAUACUAGUGAUCUAACACAAAGCUCAAAUGGUGUGACAUCAAGAAAUAGAAAUACAACAAUGAAUACGGUGACACAAAGUACAACACAUAAUACUAGUGAUCUAACACAAAGCUCAAAUGGUGUGACAUCAAGAAAUAGAAAUACAACAACAAUAGAUAAUGUAAAAUAUAACAAUGGUACAAUUAGAAAUAUGGCAACAU